UCUUGGAAGAGCGCUUUGAUCUUAGCUCUCAGGUGCUGCAUCAACUCCAAAAAAUUGUAAAAAACAAAAACAAAAUGAUUAAAGGAAAAAAUGUAUGGUGUGCAGUACCAGCGUGCACAAAAAAAUUUAAUUUAGAAAAGCGUUAUUUUUUCCGAUUUCCAAAGGAACAUGUAAGAUGGUUGCAAUGGAUACGAGCGUGUGGAAGGCUGGACUUAGAAUCAAAAGGUCCAGAAUAUGCGUACCAGAAUUGUCGGUUGUGUCAUUUGCAUUUCAAAGAAAAAUGGUACAAAAUAAAUAAAAUGAGAGCUCGUCUUCAUCCAGAUGCCAUACCGACAAUAUUUUUUGGACCAGAAUGUGGGAAAGAAAACACGAUGGACAUAGACAUUGAAGACAAAGCAGAAAUAAAUAAAUCUGCAGAAACACUGCCAAUUAUUGUUGAUGACAUGAAUGCUGAGAUAGUUAAACCAAGUACAUCCAAGCGUACAAAACAGGACAUGAAAUCGUCGGAUGAUAGCCCAAGGAAAAACAAACUGCGUGCGAAGCUCGCAAAAUUGAAAGCACAAAACAAAACGCUCCGCGAAAUAAUCCGACGACUUCAUUUGAAGGCAAAAAAGAAGAACAUACGAGACUAAAGAGCCAUAGAAACUAACGAAAAAGAAAUUUUAAAAAAAUUAGGUCGAUGAAGAACAAGGAUGACAAAUCAACAAUUUCGGUCAAUGAUGCUUGUGGCUAUUACAUGCGCCAUAAAUUUCACACAUACAUAUUAAACACACACUUACAUAUUAAACAUGGAAUUUAUUAAAAAUAAAAUAAAGAAAUGGAAAUAUACAAAAAAUAAAA